GCGAGCAGCAGGCAAACUACAGGCGUGGGAGUGUGUCUGUGUGUAGCCGGCGGUGUCGUCUGUAGUAAAAGGAAAAGUCUGAAGAAGUAAAAACAAGUGUUUGAUAAACAGAGAGAGAGAGAGAGAGAGAAAGGGCACUAAAAAAAAUAUUAAUGACCUGACAGGAGAGUGCAGGACCUCAUCUCACCCUGGAGCCGCUUCAAAGAGGAGCCUGGAUACACACAGAUGCGCCAGACGAGCCUCCCUUUGCUGCUCUCCACUCACUUAUGAUCUUCAUUCCAACCAGAUCCAAGGGCCACGCCGCGCCGUACCACUGGAGCACCGUGCUGCCACUGGAUUCUCGUGGGACUUUGCCAAACUAAAGGUUCCCACUGGAUCUAACCCCAGACGUGACCUUUGACCUAACUGACACCUCAAACUCCCCCACUCCCCUCAGAGCAAAGAUGAGCUGCAGGAAAAGGUGCAAGCGAGAGAUCUUCAAGUUCGCACAGUACCUGUUCAGACUCAUCACCGGCACUUUGAACACCGACAGCGUUGAAGAUGAGCUUGAGCUGUCUGCGGUCCGACAUCGUCCCGAGGGCCUGGAGCAACUCGAGGCCCAGACACAGUUCUCUCGCAAGGAGCUACAGAUCCUGUAUCGCGGCUUCAAGAACGAAUGUCCCAGUGGAGUUGUCAAUGAGGAAACUUUUAAAGAAAUCUACUCUCAGUUCUUCCCACAAGGAGAUGCUUCAACAUAUGCACAUUUCCUCUUCAAUGCAUUCGACACAGAUCACAAUGGUUCUGUGAGUUUUGAGGAUUUCGUGAUGGGACUUUCCAUCCUGUUGCGAGGAACAGUCCAGGAGAAGCUGAACUGGGCUUUUAACCUGUACGACAUCAAUAAAGAUGGAUAUAUCACAAAAGAGGAAAUGCUCGACAUCAUGAAGGCCAUUUAUGACAUGAUGGGAAAAUGUACAUACCCUGUCCUCAAAGAGGAGACGCCUCGCCAGCAUGUAGAGAUAUUCUUUCAGAAGAUGGAUAAGAAUAAAGACGGGGUGGUAACCAUAGACGAGUUCAUUGACUGCUGCCAAAAUGAUGAAAACAUCAUGAGAUCGAUGCACCUUUUUGAAAACGUCCUGUAACUUUUCGAGGAGACCAUCUUUAGUUUGGCCUAGCACCUGGCAUGGACUGUGUACAGUGUGCCAUGCAGACUUCUGACCGUGUUGUUCAUCACAUUGGGCUGCAUGUAGGAGUAGGUGGCAGCAUGGUGAGAGCGCUCUGGAAUUAAGUUGCUGCUUGCAUGAUGUUGAAUAAGCUGAAAUUUGGUAAAUAAACCCUGAGAGAAAACGAGUUUUUAUAGGCGCUAUUAGUUAAAACAACAACAAAAAAAGAAACUCAUCUUCAAGGUUUUCACCAUCUGUCUCUGGAGUGUCUUUAUAAAAGUUUCAGAUAAUCACUGGAGGCUUUUCUCUCUGUUGCAGCCUUGACGCAUUUGAUUUACUGCCAAGUGAAAUCACUGUGACUUCUUAUAAGAUCCAGCAAAACCGAACAGCACCUAAAGGAAACAUUCCAGGUGCUCUUAAAAGUGCAAUCAGGCUCAUAAAUCCAGAGGGUUCUUACACAGCUGACUGCAGUCUGCCUUUAGGAAGGAUAAAAUACCCCAUUUUCAAAUGUACAUACUCCACAUAACGCAGUAGAUCAGAACUCUGAGAAACCUUUCAGCUUUGUUUACUUACCAACAAGAACGGGGACAACACAAGGACUGCACCGGCGUCACGUCGGACCGUAACGUUGUUGGUUUUUCUACAGAAGCACAUACUUACCUUCAUGAGUGUAACAUUAGGACAGGAUCAUUUUGUCAUCAAUGCUGCUUUCACUGUAUUUUGUUGAAUCUGAUGUAUGUAUAUUCCCUGUAAAGAGACGAUGUCUGUCGGUACGUUUCAGUUCAUUCAUAAGGUAUUUAAUGCUCACUGUACAAAAGUUGUACAGUAUUAAAUGAAAAUUUGCUCU